AUGAUAUCUGUGGAAAAUAGAAAAAUUCAGGUGGUUGCAGUACGAGGUAAAUCAUGUGUGAGUCCUGGAGAACUCCUCUAUGGCUCUGUCCACACACCCAAUGGUAUCGUGUUUGAGUCAACAAUUACAUUUUCUUGUAAUGAAGGAUAUCGACUCAUUGGUGAAUCAUCUGCUACAUGUGUUAUCUCACCCGACAAUGUUGUAACCUGGAAUAGGGACAUGCCUGUUUGUGAAUCUAUUCCUUGUAAGUCACCCCCAACCAUCUCCAAUGGGACAUUUGAUGGCAGCACUACAGAUAACUUUUACUAUGGAAUGGUGGUGACUUAUAGGUGCCAUGUUGGACCGAAUGGGAAAAAGCUCUUUGACCUCGUGGGUGAGAAGUCAAUAUCUUGCACCAGCAAAGACAAUCAAGUUGGCACCUGGAGCGGCCCUCCUCCUCAGUGUAUUAAGUUAGUCAAAUGCCCAUUUCCAAAAGUUGAAAAUGGAAUUAUGGAAUCUGGAUUUAGUCGUUCCUUUUCCUUAAAUGAUACUGUGAUGUUUAAGUGUAAGCCUGGCUUUACCAUGAAAGGCAGCAACAAGGCAUGGUGCCAACCAAACAAUAAAUGGGACCCUCCACUGCCGCAUUGCUUGAAGGGGUGUCUACCACCUCCACAUAUCCACCACGGUACUUAUAACAAAAUGGAUAAGGAAUUCUUUGAAACUGAAGAGAAAGUGUCCUACAGCUGUGAGCCUGGCUACACUCUCAUUGGCACUAACCCUAUAUGGUGUACAUCCUUGGGAACCUGGAGCCAGACAGCCCCCAAUUGUGAAGUGAAAUCAUGUGAUGCCAUCCCAAACCAACUUCUCAAUGGCCAGGUGGUGGCUCCUCCUAAUCUCCAGCUGGGGGCAGAGGUUUCUUUUGUUUGUGAUGAGGGGUACCGUUUAAAUGGCAAAUCUUCUAGUCAGUGUGUCUCUGAAGGAAUGAGAGUACUCUGGAAUAAUAAGUUUCCUGUCUGUGAACGGAUUCUUUGUGAUCCUCCUCCUCCUAUCCGAAAUGGUUGGAAUAGUUAUGCUUCUGGCCCCAUACCUCUUAACACUUUGGUGAGGUACACUUGUCCCCCUAGCUACCGCAUCAUUGGAGAAAAGAAUCUUUUUUGUAUAAGUAAAGACCAAGUGAAAGGAAUCUGGGAUAAACCUGCUCCUACAUGUGAAUAUUACAACAGAAGAUCUACUUGCUCUGAGCCUGUAGUACCAGGGGGACACAAAGAGAAAAGAUCUAGACCACCAUACAGACAUGGUGAUUCUGUGACCUUUACCUGUGAUGCCAACUUCACCAUGAAAGGAAACAAGACCGUUUGGUGCCAAGCAAAUAGAAGGUGGGGGCCGACACCACUACCAACCUGUGAGAGUGAUUUCCCCCGGGAGUGUCCACCACUUUCCAUGAUCCCCAAUGGACAUCACACAGCAGAGAAUGUCAGCCUCUUUGUCCCUGGACUGUCUGUGACUUACAGCUGUGAACCUGGCUAUUUGCUUGUUGGAGAAAAGACAAUCCGUUGUUUGUCUUCAGGAGACUGGAGUGCAGUCAUUCCACAAUGUAAAGAAAUCCUUUGCCUACCACCUCCUCCUAUUCUCAAUGGAAGGCAUACAGGCAACCCUUCAGUGAACGUUCCAUAUGGAAGCACAGUCACUUACACUUGUGACCCGGGCCCAGAGAGAGGAGUGGACUUCAUCCUGAUCGGGAAGGACACUCUCCGUUGCACCACUGAUAGUCAGAAGACUGGGAUCUGGAGUGGUCCUGCCCCGCGCUGCGAACUUUCUACUCCUGGAAUUCACUGUCCACCUCCCCAGAUCCUAAGAGGCCAAAUAUCAUCUGGGCAGAAAGAUCAAUAUUCAUAUAAUGACACUGUGGCAUUUGAUUGCUCGUUGGGCUUCACCUUGAAAGGUAGCAAGAGAAUAAGGUGCAGUGCCCAAGGCACAUGGGAGCCCUCUGCACCAGUCUGUGAAAAGGAGUGCCAAGCCCCUCCUGAAAUCCUCAAUGGGCAAAAGGAAGAUCGACACAGGAUGCGCUUUGAGCCUGGAACAUCCAUAAAAUACAGCUGUGACCCUGGCUAUGUGCUGGUGGGCAGGGAAUCCAUACAUUGCACCUCUGAGGGGGUGUGGAUUCCCACUAUCCCCAAAUGCAAAGUGGCAGAGUGUGAACCUAUAGGAAAGUAUCUCUACAAAAAACCCCAGAAUCGAGUGAUUAGACCAGAUGUUAAAUCUUCUUGCGAUGAAGGGUCCAGGUUAGGUGAGAGUGUUUAUCAGCUGUGUCAAGGCACCAUUCCUUGGUUUAUGGAGAUUCGUCUUUGUAUAGAUAUCACCUGCCCACGGCCCCCUGUUAUCGACAAUGGGGCACACACAGGGAGUUCCUCAGAAGACUUUCCAUAUGGAACCACAGUCACUUAUUCCUGUAACCCUGGGCCAGAGAAAGGCGUAGAAUUCAGCCUCAUCGGGGAGAGCACCAUCCGUUGUACAAAAGAUGGUCAGGAGAGGGGCAUCUGGAGUGGCCCUGCUCCUCUCUGUAAACUUUCCCUCCCUGCUGUUCAGUGCUCACAUGCCUACCUUGAAAAUGGAUACCAGAUAUCGGGCAAGGAAGCCCCAUAUGUCUACAACGACAGUGUGACAUUCAAGUGUGUUGAUGGAUUUACUUUGAAGGGCAGCAGUGAGAUUCGUUGCAAAGCCAAUGACACCUGGGAUCCUGAAAUACCCGUUUGUGAGAAAGACUGCCAGCCACCUUCGGGGCUGCACCACGGUCGGCAUACAGGCGGAAACAGGGUCCUCUUUGUCUCUGGGAUGACUGUAGACUACACCUGUGACCCUGGCUACUCGCUUGUGGGAAACAAAUCCAUUCACUGUAUGCCUUCCGGAAAUUGGAGUCCUUCUGCCCCUCGGUGUGAAGAAGCACCAUGUGAGCCUGCGGGAGAAGAUGUUCAAGAGCUUCUAGCUGAUUCGCGUGUGAUUCAGGUUAAUACAUCCUGUCAAGAUGGGUACCAGCUGACUGGGCAUACUUAUCAGAAGUGUGAAGAUGCUGAGACUGGGGUUUGGUUCCGAAGGAUUCCACUCUGUGAAGCUAUUCACUGUCCAUCUCCACCAGUGAUUGACAACGGGAGGCACACAGGUGUGAUGGCAAAACAGUUUCUUUAUGGAAUUGAAAUCUCUUAUGAAUGUGACCAAGGAUUCUCUCUUCGGGGAGAGAGAAACAUCCGAUGCAUAAGUGAUUCUGAAGGACAUGGAUCUUGGAGUGCACCUCCCCCACGGUGCUUUAAACCUCCUCCUGUGGCCCACUGCUCUCACCCAGAAGUCAAACAUGGAUACACGCUGAAUAAAACUCGUUCUUCAUAUUCCCACAAUGACAUUGUAUAUGUUGCCUGCAACCAGGGUUUCAUCAUGAAUGGCAGUGACUUGAUUAGGUGCCAUACCAAUAACAAAUGGGUGCCAGGUGUACCAACGUGUAUCAAAAAGGGCUCACUCACUCCUCUUGUUGGUGGCCUUUCUGUAGGUUUGCUAUUUCUUCUCUUCUUGACUGCUGUCACCUUAUACCUGAUACCCAAACACAGAAAACGCAAUUAUUAUACAAAUAAAAGCCCUACAGAAGGAGAUCUUCGCUUAGAAACACUAGAAGUAUAUUCUAUUGAUCCAUACAACCCAGAUAAGCAAGAUACAGAAAAACUGCUGUGGCAGUGGAGCAAGAAGAGUUUAUUUGCUGUUGGUCAAUGCCAAGCCCCACCAAGGUUUGCGUCUGCCAUGCCCACAAGAUGGACUGAUGAGGUUGAGUUUCCCAUUGGGACAUCUUUGAAGUAUAAAUGCCGCCCUGGUUACCAGGGGAGAGGUUUCUCUAUCACCUGUCUAAAAGACUCGGUCUGGUCAAGUCCUGGAAGCUGUACACGUAAAUCAUGUGGAACUCCUUCCGAACCCACAAAUGGCAAAAUGGAAAUAACUGGAGACGCCAAGUUUGGAUCAACUAUUAAUUAUUCUUGUAAUGAAGGAUACCAACUCAUUGGUGAAACUUCUAAUUUUUGUGGCAUCGUAGACAAUACUGUCGCCUGGCAAAAUCAAGUACCUGUUUGUAACAUUAUUCAAUGUAAGACACCACCAACCAUCACCAACGGAUAUUUCCUUGGCAACAGCGGAGACGAUUUUCCAUACGGAUUAGUGGUAACCUACCACUGCAAUGACAGAAAAGGAAGGGAAAAGUUUGAACUCGUGGGCGAGAAGUCAAUACAUUGCACCAGCAAAGAUCAAGUGGGCCUCUGGAGCGGCCCUGCCCCUCAGUGCAUCGUACCUAAUAAAUGCACGCCUCCGCACGUUGAAAAUGGAAUAAGGGAGUCUGAGAACAGAAGCUUGUUCUCCUUAAAUGACAUCGUGAGCUUUAGGUGUCAGCCUGGCUUUGUCAUGAAAGGCCCCUCCAGUGUGCGCUGCAGGGCCCAAAACAGAUGGGAGCCCGAGUUGCCCAGCUGCUCCCCGGUUUGUCAGCGGCCUCCAGAAAUCCUGCAUGGCCAGCACAGCCCCAGCGACAAGGACAGCUUUUCCCCUGGGCAGGAGGUGCUCUACAGCUGUGAGCCCGGCUACGACCUCAGAGGGGCCGCCUCUCUGCGCUGUACGCCCCAGGGAGACUGGAGCCCGGCCGCCCCCACAUGCGCAGUGAAAUCAUGUGCUGCCUUCCGGGACCGACUUCCUAAUGGCCGUGUGCUCUUUCCACUUAACUUGGAGCUUGGAGCAAAAGUGUCCUUCGUUUGUGAUGAGGGAUUCCAUCUACAAGGCAGCUCUGCCAGCCAUUGUGUCCUGGUUGGAAUGGAGAGCCUCUGGAAUAGCAGUGUCCCUGUGUGUGAACAAAUCUUAUGUCCAAAUCCUCCAGAUAUUCCUAACGGAAGACACACAGGAAAACCUCUGGAAAUCUUUGCUUUUGGAAAAGAAGUAACUUACACAUGUGAUCCCCAACCAGACAGAGGGAUGAACUUCAGUCUCAUUGGGGAGAGCACCAUCCGCUGCACCAGUGACAGUCGAGGGAACGGGAUCUGGAGCAGCCCUGCCCCUCGCUGUGGACAUCCAGGUUACUGUAAUGCUCCAGGUCAUUUUCAAUUUGCUGAGUUGAAAACCCAAACCAAUGAAUCUGCAUUUCCUAUUGGGACAUCUUUAAAGUAUGAAUGCCGCCCUGAGUACUACAGGAGGACAUUCUCUAUCCGGUGUCUAGCCAACUUGGAGUGGUCAGCUGCCCAGGAUGUCUGUAAACGUAAAGUAUGUAAAACUCCUGCAGAUCUUAUGCAUGGCAUGCUGCACAUAGACACAGACAUCAACCUUGGAUCCAGAAUUAAUUAUUCUUGUAAUGCAGGGUAUCAACUCAUUGGCCACUCAUCUGCCACAUGUAUCAUCUCAAACAAUACUGCCAUUUGGGAUACAGAGCCACCACUCUGUCAACGUAUUCAUUGUAAGCCACCACCAACCAUCGCCAACGGAUAUUUCAUUAGCAACAGCAAAGACUAUUUUCCAUACGGAAUAGUGGUGACCUACCACUGCGAUCCUGGAAAAAGAAGGGAAAAGUUUGAACUCGUGGGCGAGAAGUCAAUACAUUGUACCAGCAAAGAUCAAGUGGGCCUCUGGAGCGGCCCUGCCCCUCAGUGCAUCGUACCUAAUAAAUGCACGCCUCCACACGUUGAAAAUGGAAUAAGGGUGUCUGCGAACAGAAGCUUGUUCUUCUUAAAUGACAUCGUGAGCUUUAGGUGUCAGCCUGGCUUUGUCAUGAAAGGCCCCUCCAGUGUGCGCUGCCAGGCCCAAAACAGAUGGGAGCCCGAGUUGCCCAGCUGCUCCCCGGUUUGCCAGCGGCCUCCAGAAAUCCUGCAUGGCCAGCACAGCCCCAGCGACAAGGACAGCUUUCCCCCUGGGCAGGAGGUGCUCUACAGCUGUGAGCCCGGCUAUGACCUCCGAGGGGCCGCCUCUCUGCGCUGUACGCCCCAGGGAGACUGGAGCCCGGCCGCCCCCACAUGCACAGUGAAACCAUGUGCUGCCUUCCGGGACCCACUUCCUAAUGGCCGUGUGCUCUUUCCACUUAACUUCGAGCUUGGAGCAAAGGUGUCCUUCGUUUGUGAUGAGGGGUUUCAUUUACAGGGAAGUUCUUCUAGUCACUGUGUCAGGGUUGGAACGAAGAGCCUUUGGAAUAACAGUGCUCCUGUGUGUGAACAAAUCUUUUGUCCAGAUCCCCCUGCUAUCCUUAAUGGGAACCACAUAGGAACUUCUCUCAGAGACAUUCCCUAUGGAACAGAAAUAUCUUACACAUGUGACUCCCACCCAGACAGAGGGAUGACCUUCAGUCUCAUUGGGGAGAGCACCAUCCGCUGCACCAGUGACAGUCAAGGGAAUGGGAUCUGGAGCGGCCCUGCCCCUCGCUGUGAACUUUCUGUUCCUCUUGGUUACUGUCAAGCUCCAGAACCAUUUCUGUUUGCCAAGCCUACAACCAUAACUGAUGAGUCUGAGUUUCCAGUGGGGACAUCUUUGAGCUACAAAUGCUCCCCUGGGUAUUUUGAGAAUAUGUUCUCUAUCACCUGCUUAGAAAAUUUGGUUUGGUCAAAUGUGGAAGAUGUCUGUAGACGAAAAUCAUGUGGAUCUCCACCCAAACCUUCCAAUGGCAUGGUGCAAAUAAACACGGAUACUUACUUUGGAUCAACAGUUAAUUAUUCGUGUAAUGAAGGGUAUCGACUCAUUGGCUCCCCAUCUGCUGCUUGUAACCUCUCAGGCAAUAGUGUCACUUGGGAUAAGGAGGCACCUGUCUGUGAAAGGAUAUCUUGUGAGCCACCCCCAGCCAUAUUCAACGGAGACUUCUACAGCAGCAAUAGAAAUGUUUUCCAAUAUGCAACACUGGUAACUUACCGAUGUCACACUGGGCCGAAUGGAGAAAAGCUGUUUGACCUCAUGGGAGAACAAUUUCUAUAUUGUAUCAGCAAAGAUGGUCAACUUGGUGUUUGGAGCAGCCCUCCUCCUCGGUGUAUUUCUGCUAAUAAAUGCACAAUUCCAGAAGUUGAAAAUGGGAUUCGAGCAUCAGGAAAUAGGAGUUUAUUCUCUUUAAAUGACAUGGUGAGAUUCAGAUGUCAGCCUGGUUUUGUUAUGAAAGGGUCCAACACUGUGCAGUGCCAAGCCAACAAUACAUGGGUGCCUGAGCUGCCAAGCUGCUCCAGGGUUUGUCAGCGGCCUCCAGAAAUCCUGCAUGGCCAGCACAGCCCCAGCGACAAGGACAGCUUUUCCCCUGGGCAGGAGGUGCUCUACAGCUGUGAGCCCGGCUAUGACCUCCGAGGGGCCGCCUCUCUGCGCUGUACGCCCCAGGGAGACUGGAGCCCGGCCGCCCCCACAUGCGCAGUGAAAUCAUGUGCUGCCUUCCGGGACCCACUUCCUAAUGGCCGUGUGCUCUUUCCACUUAACUUUGAGCUUGGAGCACAAGUGUCCUUCGUUUGUGAUGAGGGGUUCCGAUUAAAAGGCAGCUCUGUUAGUCAUUGUGUCUUGGUCGGAAUGAAAAGCCGUUGGAGCCGCAGUGUCCCUGUGUGUGAACAAAUCUUUUGUACAAAUCCUCCAGCUAUCCUUAAUGGAAACCACACAGGAACUUCUCUGAGAAUCAUUCCCUAUGGAACAGAAAUAUCUUAUACAUGCGACUCCCACCCAAACAGAGGGAUGACCUUCAGUCUCAUUGGGGAGCGCACCAUCCGCUGCACAAGUGACAGUCAAGGGAACGGGCUCUGGAGCGGCCCUGCCCCUCGCUGUGAACUUUCUGGUCCUGCUGCAUGCCCACCUCCGCCCAAGGUGCACAAUGGGCGUCACACUGGAGGACAUGUAUCUCCAUAUCUUCCUGGGAUGAUCGUCAACUACACCUGUGACCCAGGCUACCUGUUGGUGGGAAAAGGCUUCAUUUUCUGUACACAUGAGGGAACCUGGAGCCAAGUCUACCAUUAUUGCAAAGAGGUAAAAUGCAGCCUCCCAAAGUUUACGAAUGGAAUCUGGAAGGAGUUGGACAUGAGGCAAGAAUUUCGAUUUGGAGAUACUGUAACCUUGGAGUGUAAAGAUGGAUAUACUCUGGAAGGCAGUCCCCGGAGCCAGUGCCAGGCAGAUAACACAUGGGACCCUCCUCUGGCCACAUGUACUAGUACAUCUGGCCGACGUAAUGCUCGCAUUAUUGGCAUAUCCUCCAGUGUGGUCAUCUUUAUUAUACCCAUCAUUGUUUCCUGUUGGAUGAUUCUCAAGCGCAAAAAACGCAGUAAUACAGAUGCAAAAUCUAAGGAAGUCAAUAUCCAUUUACAUCCCCAAGAAGACAGCUGUGAUCAUGCGCAAAGUCUGCAAACAAGUGAGGAACAUGACAGGUACCGAACACAAAUUGAAAUCAAAAUGCUUUCAACAACCCAAGUGGAUGUGGAGUUCUUGGGGUGCCCUGGGGGAAAGAAUUUUACUGAUGAGGUUGGAAUUCUGACCACUGGUGUGCUACAGGAGAAGGUUAAUCGUUUGUAG